AGAACUGGGGCCAGAGUCGGAAGUGACGCACUGAAGUCGGCCGGUAGAAGUUUCUGUCGUCGCGCGUACCUGGCUGGCUGGACGUUGGGAGUUGUUAUGGCGCUUGGGCACUUCACCUUGGUCUGAUCCUACUCUCCAUCCCUUUCGGGGUCUUGGCCCACAGUUUGGAGCAGAUCCCCUGGAAGAAAUUGGACACACACAGGCGGCAGGCCUUGAGCGCCCCUCCUUUCUCCAUCCCUCACCCCCCCCCCGCCGCCAGGCACCGGGAAGCUCCUCCGCACCCUUGGAGCAGGGGAGGGACGGGGAGUGCGCAGGAGCCCCGCCUCUCGAUGGGCAUUCUCAGGGACCCCUCUGCCUGAGGAAAGAGGCUCCCGGGCCGGGCCGAGCGGGUGAUGUCCUCCCCCUCGGAAGCCGGCGCUGCCGCUGCCUCGCUGCGAUUGGCCGCGGCCGCUGCCUGGUGGGUGGUACGGAGGCGCCUCUCGGCGCACUACCCCCGAGUGCUGCAGCUGCUGAGAGCCCUGAAGGCCGCCGCUCCGGGGCUGGUCCACCCCCGGCACCACGCGCGGCUCUGCCUGGGGCUGCGGGCCAAGGUGGUUGUGGAGAUGAUCUUGGAGGGCCAACCCUGGUCCCUCGUUCUGGAUGCCCUAAACCAUCAUUUCCCAGAGUCUGGCCCACUCGAGUUCGGCUCCAAGGGGCAGACUAUGCGGGAUCUGAAGAUUAUGGAGGCACAUGAGGCCUUUUGCCAACGAGUGAAACAGCUGGCAGAGGAUCCUGAAGACUUUGCCAUACAGCUGCAGGAACUGGAACAAGAAUAUGGAGAACCCUUCUUAGUUGCCCUGGAGAAGUUAUUAUUUGAAUACCUGUGCCAACUGGAGAAGACACUACCUGUAUUACAGUUGCAAGAGCUUAAGGAAGUAUUGAGAGGGAUGCAAUCUGAAACUUUGGUCCCCUUUCCCCUUGCCCUGACUCAGUAUUGCAUGGACAUGGGGUGGCUACUUCAAGAGUCCCCUCUUUUUACUUCAGUGAGGGGGGCAGAAACCCAAGAGCAGAGUCCUCUAACUUCUCCCCAGCUGGAACAAGUAUUCCAGGAUCCUGUUCCCACAACCAAACCCAGCACUCCCUUUCCCCAGGGGCAGGAUUUGAGGAAACCCCCAGAGGCCCUCACUGGUCGGGACUUCAACCUGGCCCCUCUGGGCCGCCGGCAAAUCCAGGCAAAUUGUGCAUCUACCAGGGGAGGUCAUAAGAAGCGGCCCACUGUCAUGCUUUUCCCAUUCCGAAGUAUGUGCCUACCAGUCCAGGAUGUAAUUAUGGAUGGGAACAAUAAAGAAUGUGGGCAGCCUGUGGCAGACCCAGCAGGGACCGUGGCCACAAGGUCAGUCCCUCAUGGAAAGCACAGAAAUUCAGCUCGUUCCUUGAGAGGGAAGGCUCAGGAGCAGGGGAACUGGAAUUCUGAUGAGCCCUCCUCAGAGCAAAAGGAGAACUGCCUGGAUUACUCCCUGGAGCCCUUGAGGCUGCCAUUACCUGCUGUUGGGGCCAGGGAGCCAGUGUGUUCCCCAUCUCUGUGCAGCCCUGUGGUUACCAUAGGGGACUUGGUUCUGGACUCUGAUGAUGAAGGGAAUGGCCAGAGGGGAGGGAAGCCAGUGAUUAAAUUUUGAAUCUUCCGAAAUGUUGUCUUGGCUAUGAGAUGAGGAAACUGAAGCCAGGAAGGUUAAAUUAUUUGCACUAAGUCACAACAGGAAAGAGCAGUUAGCCUUGAAACUCUGCUCCUGCCCAGAUGUGAAGUGUGUUUGUUCACUCUGCCAGGUUCCUGACCAUCCUGAAAAUGUGUAACCUAGUUAACUGAGCAAAUGUUCCAAUGUCCUCUGGAGAAAUCCAACUUUCCCUGUCUUUAAGCAGUACAUCUGUACACCUCUUUGACUCUGUGUGGGCUUUUGCCAUUCAAAAGGGGCCCAAAGCUCCAAAACUCCUCUAAAGAUAUGCGAUUCCCUUCCCUAAGGGCAGUUUUGGUUUGCACCUACUGCCUCUUGAGCCUUUUUGCCCAGGGCCAGACUUUAAUUCAAUAUGGUAAAUAAACAAUGAGAUCCAAAUCAAUGAGUUUUUU